UUUAUUAUUUUCCUUUUCCAGUUAUCGUCGUCGACGAACGGAAAAAAAAGGUAGCGGUUGUGUGCAUCUAACAAAAUUCAGUGAAAACAUCGCUACUAAACAUUUGGUGGUGGGUAAAAAACCAAAAAUAGGUCAACUUUCGUGUAAUACUAAGGACUGGUAAACUUAAAUGUGCUCGUGGCGGUGAUAUUGCAUGUAUACUAAUCAAGUUGUUGCACAGGCGGUUCGUACAGUGCUUUUCACGGUUUCCAUCUCUCUUUCGUCUUUGCACGGUGUCAGAAGUAAGUCGCACAUUUUUCGGAACAGAAGUGAAGCUCUAGAACCCGAUAGAAUAAUCGAGAAUCUUCUGAUUUUCUGACGAAAGUAUUGCCAUUAUUUGGGAAUCAACGUCGCCGGCCGAAGAAGCCUUAUAAAAGUCGUUGACUAACGGUGCUAACAGUUAUUGUUCCUAAUUAUGGUUUCAGGAGACAAAAAGAUGGUGAACGAUAACACGCAAAAGCCGCAAGAGGAUCCGAAUGCGUGCAAGGAGCGAGGUAAUGAGGAGUUCAAGAAUGGUUACUGGGAUUCGGCAGUUACGUGGUACACCAAAGCUAUCCAGCUGGGCGAAAAGCAUAAGGACUUGCCAGUGUAUUACAAGAACCGUGCCGCGGCGUAUCUGAAGUUGGAGAAGUUUGAGCAAGCCGCAGACGAUUGCAGCAAAUCGUUGGACCACUGUCCAAAUGAUCCUAAGGCGUUGUUCCGCAGAUUCCAGGCCUAUGAAGCGCUGCAGCGGUUCGAAGAGGCGUACAAAGAUCUGCGAACGAUCCACACUUACGAUCCGAACAACAAAAUGAUCAAACCGCAUCUAGAGAGACUGCAUGCAAUUGUUCAGGAACGCGCUCGUGAACGGGCCCAGACGUCAAAUAAGGUCACCAAAAUGUUCGAGAUCGCCUUCGAUUUGGCUGCACCCAAGGAGAAACGUGAACAAGCUAUGAAUAAUAUUGUGGUGUUGGCCAGGGAGUCUGCUGGGGCUGAAGUUAUGUUAAAGGACGGUUUGGUCACGCGUAUUGGCAAACUACUCAAGGUGGAGAAGAAUAACGACAUCAUCAUCAAUGCGGUUCGAGCCAUUGAUGAAGUUUGCGCCAAGAGUCCGGAAAGAACCAAGACCGUGAUUAAAGAGCUGGGUAUUCCAUGGUUCCUGCAAAUCUUGGACAGCAACCUUGAGGAUCGCGUUGUUGCUUCGCAACAUUGUAUGCAGACGGUCCUGAAUUCUCUAUCCGGGCUGGAGAAUAAGGACGACUCUAAGCCGAACAAAGAACUCGUCGAGGCCAACAAGCAGCUGAUUGACACCCUUCUCAGCUGUCUCGUAUAUUCCAUUACGGAACGCACCAUCAGCGGAUUGGCACGUGAUGCCAUUAUGGAACUCAUCAUACGAAACGUGCAUUACAAGACGAUCGACUGGGCGGAGCGCCUGGUGGAGAUGAAGGGACUUCUCCGGCUGAUGGAGGUUUGUUCUGAACUGGAAGAAUACAAAUACGAGAGCGCCAUGAACAUCACUCCAUCGUCGAGGACCAUUGCCUCGGUUUGCCUUGCUCGUAUCUACGAGAACAUGUACUACGACGCCGCUAGGGAACUAUUCAAUGAACAGAUUGGCGAAUUCGUCAAGGACAAGCUGCUGACACCGGAUCACGAAUCCAAGGUUCGUGUUACGGUGGCCAUCACCUCACUUCUGCUGGGUCCGUUGGACGCCGGGAAUGCGAUGAUUUCGAGGGAAGGUAUCAUGCAGAUGAUUCUGGUAAUGGCGCAGUCGGACGUCGUAUUGGAACAAAAGGUUGCUUGCGAAUGUAUCAUUGCAGCCGCCUCUAAGAAGGACAAGGCCAAGGGUUUGGUCGAAACAGGUGCAGAAAUUCUCAAGAAACUCUACACCUCUAAAAACGAGGAAAUCCGUGUCCGGGCUCUGGUUGGUCUGUGCAAGCUGGGAAGUUCCGGUGGUUUGGAUGCUUCGAUUCGUCCUUUCGCAGAUGGUUCGACGAAGAAACUUGCCGAAGCAUGCAGGAAGUUUUUGAUCAAACCCGGCAAAGACAAGGACAUCCGGAAGUUCGCUGCCGAGGGAUUGGCCUAUCUUACGCUGGAUGCCGACGUGAAGGAGAAGCUGGUUGAGGAUCGGGCUGCCAUACAGGCGUUGAUUGAGCUGGCCAAAACGGGAGAUCAGUCAGCUAUCUACGGCGUCGUGACAACGUUGGUCAAUUUGGUCAACGCCUACGAAAAACAGGAACUUCUUCCGGAAUUGGUUCAACUGGCCAAGUUUGCUAAACACCACAUCCCGGAGGAACACGAGUUGGAUGAUCCGGACUUUGUCAGUGGUCGUAUCAUUGUGCUCGCAAAUGAAGGAGUCACUUCCGGUCUGGUUGCUCUGUGCAAAACGGAGAGCGACAACAGUAAAGAAAUGAUCGCCCGGGUUUUCAACGCACUCUGCAGCGAGCAGGAAGUUCGCGGAAAGGUAGUGCAACAAGGUGGAGCCAAGGUAUUGAUUCCGCUGUCUCUUAAAGGAACCGCCAAUGGAAAACGUCACGCUGCUCAAGCCUUAUCUCGCAUUGGAAUUACAAUCAACCCGGAAACGGCCUUCCCAGGUCAGCGGAAUCUAGAGGUCAUAAGGCCUCUUCUGAAUCAAUUACAUCCAGACUGUUCCUCGCUGGAGAACUUUGAAGCCCUUAUGGCCCUCUGUAAUCUGGCAUCGAUGAACGAAUCCACCCGGCAGCGUAUCAUCAAAGAGCAAGGUAUCAGCAAGAUCGAAACCUACAUGACCGAGGACCACAUGAUGCUGCAGCGAGCCUCUACACAAGUUAUGUGUAAUAUGGUACAGUCACCGGAUGUCAUCAAGAUGCACGAAGGAGAAAACGAUAGAGUUAAGUUCCUGGUGCUGCUCACAAUGGAAGAAGACGAGGACACUGCAGUGGCCGCUUCGGGAGCGCUAGCCUACCUGACGUCAGUCAGUGACAUCUGCUGCGAAAAAGUUUUCAGUCCUAAUUGUUGGCAGGAAGCCCUCAACACCUUAGUGGCCAACCCAAGCCCGGAAGUACAAUAUCGCGGCAUUGUCACCAUCUACAACGUCAUCAAAUCCAACAAAACCCUAGCCGAAAAGAUUUUCGAUACCGACCUACUCCGGAUGCUGUUUGGAGUAACCCAAUUGAACGACGAAAAACGUGCCAAGGCAAUUGAGAUGGCGCAAAAGUGUCUCAAGGUAGCCGAAGAGUACCGACUUAUCGAGGAAAACAAGGAUGCCGAUAUGGCCCCCGAUGUGUUCGAACAGCAGAAACAGGAAGCAACCAUCGAGGAAAUUGAUGAGUAAGACGAUCCGGCCUAAGCGCUGAAACCCUAACGUACUGAAGAAGGUGCAUUACACGGAAAGAUUGUUUAUUUCCGAUUUUUCUGUAAUUUUAGUAAUUAAACUUUUAAGAGUUCGAUCAAAACUAGGAUUAGUUUUUUUUUCUAAUAAAAUGUUUAACGUAUUUUGAAAA